CAGAAAAACAAUUGGGCUUUUAUCGGUACUCAUGCCAAGCCCAUUUUAAUUAGGCUGAAAUAUUUUGAAGGAAAUUAUUAUUGAAACGAUAAUAUUUUAAAGUUUGCAAACAUGUGUUAAUGUUUUUUUUGUUUUUGCAAACAACAUUUGUUAAUAUUUCUGAAACUGUAUGAAUUUUUUUUUAAAUGCAUAGUAUCUAUUAAAGAAAAGAGGUCCUCUAUGAUGAUGAUUUAUAAAAGUCUGAAGGUAAACCAAUAUCUUGUAGAUAAAAAAAAAAGAAAAGAAAACCGAAAACGAAGUUAGAUCAGAUUUGGCUCUUGUCCUAAACUUGUUAUUUUUGGUUCAACAUGUUUUUCUUGCCUAAAGUCUAUAUAUGAUAUGAAUUCAAUAAUCUAUCUCUUAAGAGUUUUCUGAACAGUCAAUAAAUUAGAUAUGCCAGACCGACCAACUUAAUUCUUGUACAUGCAUGCAAAUACCAAGUAGCCACGUUUUUUUUUUUUAAAUUAUGGAUGUACCUCUUUUAUAAUUUAAGCUAAUAUAUUUCCACCUAAGUAUUUCAUGUAACUUCUAUAUUUCUAAGCCCUUUCUCAAAAAAAAAAAAACUUCUAUAUUUCGUAUUAGAUAUACCUCUUUUAUAAUUCAAGUUAAUAUAUUUCCACCUAAUUAAGUAUUUCAUGUAAUUUCUACAUUUAUUAUUGUUGUAUUACUUUUCAAUUGACUGCUAGUAGAUUCAUAUUAUAUACUAUCUGUCAAAAUUGAAAACUAGAGAAACACAAUUUAUGGUGUCAAAAUUGGAAAAAAAAAUAUUGAUGGCAUGACAUAAAAUACUAGCCUCGGUAUAUAUGUUUAUAUAAAUUGUGUGUGUGCUCAGAUUUUAAAUAAAAUAAAUUGUUCUAAAUAGGCUGCUAAAGUGAAGAAAAUACACCAAAAUUCAACAUGAAACAUAAGGCAUGAAACAACUAACAAGUAAGGAAUAAGUCAACCGUUAAAGAAGCAACCUCUCUACUUCGUUUCAUUUGAAAAAAAAUCAAUAAUAUCAAGCAACAUUCAGAUUAAACCGUUGUCUCCCCCCUCUCCGUAUGUUAUAUAUAUAGAUAUGUAUAUGUUGUUCCAUCAUAGCUAUAUUCUAUCAAUUCCAUAAUUUUCCUCUUAACUCAAAAUAUCUAAUAGCUAACUCAACGUUCCUAUAACCAACCACCAACCCAACCAUUCUAUUUAGAUUUAUUAUUCCACGUUUCUAUAUAUCUGAGCCACAAGACCGAGGUUUUGUAUCAUCAUGAGGAUCAUGUGGAAGUUCAUUAUGGUGAUGUGUUUUAUUGCUUUAUUCGGAUCAAGAGGAAGCUCUGCGGCGAGGCUGGCGAUAUGGAUGAUGGAUAAAGAAGAUGUAGGAAGAGGGUUUGCUUUGCAAAACAAGCUCCAACGAGGUCCAGUUCCUCCUUCACAACCUUCCCAAUGCCACCACAGACUCAGCCCUCUUUCUCGUUCGGAGGUUUAUUAUCCACAAUAUGUUACAUGUCCUUGACCAUCCCUCUUUCAUUGACCAUGAUCAGCCAUAUUUUUAUUCUUUCUAUCUUUCGUUUGUAUCCGUAUAAAUUUGAUCCGACUCUUUCAAAAUCGAAAGAGUCGAAUAUAAAAUAUGUUUUGGACAUAAAUUGAUCAAUUUUGUGUUGUAGAAUUAUCGACUUGAUAUCAUUGACGACUAACUAAUUAAUAGAGAUGCAAUCAAAAAUGUAAUCUCUGUUUUGGCCUCAUACGAUAACGUGGCAUUGAAAAUGAAAGAAUUCAACAUUAGCAAUAUAUAUUAUGUUCAUGCGCUUGGAGACUAUAGAUAUUUGGUCGUUAUAUGACACUAUGUGCGUCAGAAUAUUCUACCGUUAAUGAUGAAAGUAUAAUUGACGUAAAAAUCUAAUGUGAUGAAAUUGCAAAAAGAAUAGUCUAUCCAUGUUGCUAAUCUAAUCUCAUUGUAUUCUUGUUUAUUGCGUCAGUCUAAUCAUUAUUUUUCAUUGAUUAUUAUAUAUAAUGGAAAUUUUUAAUGUUUUCAUUUUUAAUUUGGCAACGGAUUUUUGUUAUACACAUCAACCAUAAAUAUUAGUAUCAACAAAGUGUGAAAACGUACGUAUGACUUCCAAAUAGGUGUGUAAAAGUACGUUAGAAAGCAUACGUAUGUUGCAUGCACGUUACUAAACUCCGUUAAAAUGACGACUUAUCGUGUCUCAUCAAUAUGUACACUGAAAACUUUCCUUAAAAUUUGAGUGUUUUGUUGAAAUGAUACAUCCCUCUCACCUGACCGGCUGACCGCAACACCAAGAACUUAUUUUUCAGCAUGAAAAAUAAAACAAAAACAGUGGGAAAGUAAUAAAAAGAAGCGGGUGAAAUUCAAAGGUAACUAGGUAAGGUGUUUGACUAAUUGAGUACUGCCUUAGUUAUUGUGGGUUAAAAACUUGCUUUGUUUGGGCGACUGCAUUAUUAUUAUAAUCGUGUAUACACACAUAAAUAGUGACAAUGUUAACAAUGUCUAGGUGCAACAUUGAUGAGGGUGCCUGCAGCAGUUUCUGCAGUGAGUGCAUGUUAAUUUUUGUUCUUUUGACACAUUUCUUCGAAAUAAACUUAGGUUCACCACACCUCUUAUCACCAAUCAAAUUACCACCUAGAUAAAAAAUGUAAUAAUAAUAAUAAUAACAUCAAUUUUAACAACGUUAACGUCGCGCUAAAACCUAAACUCUAAAUUCUAAAUUCUAAACCCUAAAUUUAAACUCUAAAACCUAAAUCUAAAUCUUAUACCCUAAACCCAAACCUUAGAUUCUAAAUCCUAAACCCAAACUCUAGACUCUACAACCAAACACUAUACCCUAAACUCAAACACUGGAUCCUAAACUCAAAUAGUAAACCCUAUACCCUAAAGGUUUCAGUUAUUGUUGAUGUUGUUCCUUUAGGGUUUUAAGUUUUGGGUUUAGAGUCUAGGAUUUGGGUUUAAGUCUAGGGUUUAGGGUUUAGGAUUUACGGUUUGAGUUUAGGGUAUAGGAUUUGGGUUUAGGGUCUAGAGUUUGGGUUUAGGAUUUAGGGUAUGUGAUUUGGGUUUAGGGGUUAGGGGAUAUGGUUUAGAUAUAGGGUUUAAGAUUUAAAAUUUAGGAUUUAGGAUUUGUUAGUAGUGUUACCGACGCAUCAUUAAAAUUGGUGUCAUUUUUUUUAUUAUUUUAAUUUUUUUAAAAAAGUUUAACAUUCUUAUUAUUAAUCUAUGUGGCAUUUUGAUUGGUGAUAAAAAGUGUGGUAAAUUUAAAGGUUUGGGGUGAAUCUAAGUUUUAUUACAUUUCUUUUCUUUUCUGCAAUCAUUUACUUGGGUAACAAACACAUACCCAAACUGAUCGGCAUAAGACUUUUCUAAACCUAUUAUACUAACCAUUGAGUUUGUUAAAAUCAUAUUCCCUCCAUUUUAUAAUAUAUGAUAUUUUAGAAGAUUUUAUGUGUUCUAAAUAUUAGAUGUUAUGAAUUCUAACAAUGCAAUGUAGUUGGGCUUUCAUGCUGAUUCAAAUGAAUCUUCUUUUUCGCGAAGUGAAAUCUUUGCAUGCUAGGUAAGAUUAUAGGAUAGUAAGUUACAAAAUUAUGUUUCGAUAUGACAUGUAUUUCCAUUACUAUGAAAUUCAUAAAUGACAUAGUUAAUCGAAAGGUUAACCUGUGGAAAUAAAGAAUCAUGAUAUAUAUGUUUGGAAUAGAUUCCCUUUUUAAAGAGUUGAAAAAGAAAUAUAUUGUUGAAUCAAUUAUACUUUAACAGACAUUUUAGUGAAUGGUGAAUCAGUUUUAAUUUAUAAGCCACAUCGUGGUGGUCUAGUGGUAUCCACUAGAAGAGAAUUUGCCCUAUUGGUUCAGACCAUAGAUCGAACUUCCCUCGAACUCGAGAUUAUUAGCCCCGCAUAUGGCCACUGGCGGAUUUACAUGAGAGAAUUGCCAGCUCUCUUGGAUCGCAUCAGCGGAGGUGUUAUUUGUGGCUAAUCAGAACCCUGUAUGGUGUCUGGAUACAUGGGUCAUCAAAAAAAAUUAAUUUAUGUUUUUAAUGAUAAUUUUACAGAAAUUAAUUAUACUAGUCUUUAUGAUUUAUGCAUAACAUCUUACAUGAUAAAACAUCUAAUACUAUAAAGUUGAGUUUUUUCUUUACAUAGGGGCGAAAGAGGAGACAUGGUAUCUGAAAAAUUAAAAGCUAACUCUAUUUCUGGUCGUCACUUUCCUUGGCUCCAAAUUUAGCUGUCGAUUUAAUUUGUAUGUGUUUCUGUUGAAACCAAAAAUGUCCAUAUGUCUUUAGAUAUUCUACCCUACAGACUCCGCCACUCUCAUCAACACUUCGCGUCGUCGCUGUUCUUCGUCUGUUUAGCUCACCGGCGAAAGAAAAUCUUGAGCCGUAACGGACUCAGGCUGAGUCCAAGUGUCGUAUUAACGCAAGCAUUUUCAAUAGCUCUCCACUCCUACCAGGCUACCACGACUUAUCAUUGAACGCAUUUCCCAUUAAUUCCUUGAUGUGGAUCUCCUACUAUAAAAAGGUAUAUUAUAUCAUGUGAACUUCAUCAGUUCGAGCUUCUCAAUCCUAACCUUUCAAAAAAUUUCAGCACAAAAAUGGCUAACUUCAACAAUAUGUAUGCAAACGUCAGACUCGGGAGCUAUAUGUAUGGAUGCUAAACCAUAUCCAUCAGUGUCACCAAAGUACUACCAACUGCCUAUUCUCAAGGAUAGCCAACAUAAGCUCUACGAGGUAUACUUUUUAAUUAUUAUUUUUAUUUGCGUUUGAAGUCCGCAAAAGGUUCUACGAACCGGUUAAUCACAUAUUAUAGGCUGUUUGAGAUGUUGCAAUGAGCAUGUUGAACAAAAGGUUCUAAGGUACUAUGUUGCAGUUUUUGUGUUCUCAGUAAAAUGCAUCUACCUAACAUUUAAUAUCAAAUGUUUGGAAAGGGAGAGGGUGUGAGGCUGAUAUAUGUGUAUGAUUUUCUUAAUAAUUAUAAUAUCACAUGUUGCUUUCUUGGUUUGCAGACAAAUAAGCUCUCGAGCUUGAGAAACUAACCAAUGAGGAGAUCACAGAUGGUCCUUCACCACUAUCUCUUGCUUGACAGGCAAGGAAGUGAAAAGGGCACCGCAAAAACUUCAAAUCCCUUGGUCAAAGGCUUUGUGCAUGAUAACGAUGAUGAAAUGAAAAUCACAAAGGUCUUGAAGAAUAAAAGGGGAGGUAACCCUCUAUUCCGCGAAAUUCAUAUGUCGCGGUUGGAUCAACUGGGGAUGACCUACACGCCAUGGAUGAGCCAUUGCCAAGGGCUAACAAGAAGAGUGGUCAGGUCAGUUAUCAUGAUCAAGCCCAGCUUCAUGAGCUUCAAGUGUUUGCAGGGGAAGAAACACGUAGAACCCAACACUCUUCACAACUGUUCUCCACUUCUCUCUUACAUAUUUAUAUCUUUCUUUCUUUUUAACUUUCCUUGUUGUUUAUAGUUAAAAUAUCCAUUCAUUGUUCUUUCGUGAUUGAAACUUGUAAGAUAUGUUUAGUUCAUUGUUUUUAACUUUCCUUGUUGUUUAGUUAAAAUCGUUUUAUAUAUGAAUAAUUUGAUAUUUUUAUAAAAAAUAUAUUAGUCUUUUGUUAUUUAAUGUAGGUUAUGAACUCAGAGUAAUUGAAUUUAAUAUUUUUACAUGUGAAAUAUUUCUAAGAUAUAAAAUCACAAAGAUUAUAAUAACAAAUUUAAAAUAAUAAUAUUUGUGAUGUAUAAAUUACGCCUAAUGUAUGAACUAAUUUAGAAUACACGUGAGUUUGGCAGCAAAUCAGCUAAAUUUCAUAGUCUCUCAUUGAUUUUUAUCCCAUACAACUUCACAAUAUUACUGAUAACUAAAAAACUGAUAAUCCUCUAUAUACUAAAACACAAGUCACUCUUAAGUUUUGCUACAUCACUUAAGAAAUAAAAAUAAUUUAAAAUAAGAAAACAAAAAAUAAAUAGAAAACAAAAAGAUAUACGUUGCACAUUAACAAAAAUCAAAAAUGUAUUUUCACUCCACUUCCCUACGGUUUUCUUUCCCAUUUCCACACCUCCACGAUCCAACAGUUUCCAGAUAACUAAAUUUCAUUAUUUAUAUUCUCUUCCUCUUAUGUGCUUUAAAAAGUUAAAUCUCUUCUCUGAUUCAGUAAUAUACAUACUUGAUGUGGGCAUGCAACGCUUUGUCUGCAAGAUAAGUUAUUAGUUCAUUUUUUUUGUUCUAUUUUAAUCUCUUUGGAUCUCACUCUUUCCUCUACUUCUAAUAUGACUUUUUUUCUACCUCCGUCAAGCCUCGAUCGGUGACAUGCAAUGUUUUUUUUUCUGGAAAACUGAAUAUUGUUUUUCUUUUCAAACCCAAAAAUCCACGACCAAGGUAUGACCCAUUUUUGUCAGUUAUGAGAUUUUGCACCCAUUAGAAAAUUACUCUAACUUUGUCUCUGCUUCCAGAUUGAUAUUUAUCUAUGUUUUCUGGUAAAAACAAAAUAAGUCAUGAUGAUGACACUUAUACUAUCAUCUUUUCGUAGUUUAUGCUGAAAGGCUGCUUGAAUAGCAAAUAUAUAUUUUUGGUUUAUUUAUCAAAUGGUCCAAUGAACAUAUUUUAGAAUUGAAAAUUCAUAAUUGCUAUUUAACACUCAGUCUGCUCUAAUAAAAUUGGAAUCUGGUUAAAUAUUUGCAGUCUGAUCAGGGUGGGAGCGGAAAUGAAUUUCCAAAAUAUGAUUUAAUGUAUACGGGUUGUGUAUCUAUAAAGCAUGUUUUACAACACAUAAGAUAGUUUCUUUAUAUUUAAUCAUAAUUAUCAUGGAAAUUGUUGUAGGAGAAACAUAACCAGAGCUAAAAAAACUUGCAACCAAUAUAAUUUAAAUAUAUUUUCUUUAAAAACAAAUAAACCAGAUAAAAUGUUCUUAACAAAUUAGUCAGUAAAAAAAAAGAAUGUUAUUAUCAUUCUAACUGAACUCAAGUAUAUAUGCUGUCUACAAAUUUGCAAUACAUUUGGAUAUUAUCAUGAAUCCAUCAAUAAAUUUUGUUACAAAACAUACUGUUUUAAUUGUUUUAAAAACAUACUAUUUUAACAUAACAAACUAAUCAUCUUCUUUUCCCGUACGCAGUACGGGUAUAAUACUAGUAAAUAUAUAUAACUCUAUCAAAAUCAUUUAUUUACACUGUAAAUUACAUAACCGUCCAAAUUAACUUUCUAUUGUAAAUUAUAAAAUAAAUGUAUAGAGUUAUAAAAACAAACAUCCUUGCAUAGCACGGGAUCAAUACUAGUAUAUAAAGAUUUUUGAAAUAGCCGAGAAGCUUAAAAUUUUUUUUCUAAACACGGUCAGAAAUGAAUUGAGAUUCUUUUUAAUAAAAACAUUCCACAAAACAUAAUUAUGCCCCAUACAGUGGCGGAGCUAGCAUACAAUGAGGGUGGUCAUAUGAUCCACAUGAACUUUUGCAAAAACAAAUUUUCCUUGUAUUUUGUAAAGAAAAAAAUGUUGAAAUUAGAUUAAUGACCCUUAUAAAAUAUGUGUUAUCAAAUUGACCCAUGUAAAUAGAUUUACUGCCUCCGCCACUAGCCCCAUAUAUAGUUUAUAUUUCGCAAUGGAGGACUGUUGCUCAUAAUAACCACAUAUUCAAUAUAGACAUGACAACAUAUAAUGUUCUAAAAACCCAGAUAACUAUAAUAAAUAAAAAGAUUGAUACAAAACACGCCAUAAGAUAUUUAAAUAUUGAAAACAAUCGUUAAACGUGAAUCGUGAAUUAGUCAAACAGAACGACAAUUAUACCCAAAUCAUGAGUACUUUAAAGACCAAAACUAUCCAGCUACUCAAGUAUCAGGGAGUUUUACGGCCCGUUUGUUUCUCCAUCUGGAUGAAUCAUUUGGAUAAAGAUGAGAGUUUUGUUUAUUUAUGCACUAAAAGUGUAACUCAUUCAAAUGGAUCAUCCGGAUGACUUUUGGAAAUUUAUGCUUAAUUUUUAAAUUCAUUCAGUUGAACCAAUUUGGAUCAUUUGAAUGGAGAUGGUUCAUUCAAAAUGGUAUAAUGUCUAUUAUGGCCCUAAUGUAAUUCACAAAUUACAAACCUAAACAUAAUAUCAUUUUUGUCACAUACGAAAACUGACAAAACUACAAAAACAUGUUUUCCCGCAAAAACCUAAAAAUUAUUUUUUCACGCCAAAACCCCAAAAACGCAAUUUCCCGCGAAAAUUGCAAAAGCCACGUUUUCCCGCCAAAAUUGCAAAUACGUAUUUUCCGCCAAAACAAAAAAAAACAUGUUUUCCCGUCAAAACCGAAAAAUCUCGUUUUUCCGCCAAAACCAAAAAAAUCUCAUUUUUCCGCCAAACCAAAAAAUCUCGUUUUCCCGUCAAAACCGCAAAAACGCGUUUUUCCGUCAAACCCGCAAAAAACGCGUUUUCCGCCAAAAACGUAUUUUUCCGCCAAAACCGCAAAAACACAUUUUUCCGCCAAAACCGCAAAAGCGUGUUUUUCCGUCAAACCCGCAAAAAACGUGUUUUUGGGCCAAAAUCGCAAAAACGUGUUUUCCCGCCAAAACCGCAAAAACGCGUUUUCCCGCCAAUAACGAAAGAUCUUGUUUUCUCGUCAAAAUUGAAAUAUUUUGUUUUCCCGCGAAAAUAGCAAAAACGUGUUUCCCUCCAAAACCGCAAAAAACGCGUUUUUCCGUCAAAAACGUGUUUUUGGGCCAAAACCGCAAAACUUGUUUUCUUGCCACCGAAAAUUUGUAUUUUCCCGCCAAAACCGAAAAAUCUU